UUUUGCAAAAUACAAAAACCAAAAGGUAGAGAAAAAUUCAGAGAUAGAGAGAGAGAAACAAAAUUGCAAAGAUAAGAUGAGAUACAUUUCAUCCCUUAGAAGUCCAAAGAAAGAAGAACAUGAAGUACCAGAAGCUAUCACUCCAAUUCUACCACCAAGGUUCAACAAAUCUUACACCAAUGAAGAUUUCUAUCUUUUCGACGAACUCGAAGAGUACUUGAACAUUGAAGAAGAAGAAGAAAAGUUAUCACCACAAAAUACUUGUAAUAGUAGUAAUGAACAACUUCAUUGGGAUUUCAUGGAAUGGGAUGAGUUUCCAUUUGAUGAAGGGAAAGAUGAUAACAUAAGCAAAUGCAAUUUUGAGGUGAAGAGAGAAAAUCACAAUGGUGGAUUUUGGGAAGUGGAUGAUGAAAAUAGUGUUGCUUUGAAAUUGAAUUUGAAUUUGAAUUAUCAAGAUGUUUUGGAUGCAUGGUCUGACCGUGGCUCUCCUUGGGCUGAUGAUUGUUCUCUUUCAUUGUCUUCCUCCAAUAAUUGCUCCUAUAUGGGAGAAGUGCCAAUAUUGGAAGAAGAGAGAACAAGAAGAGAAGCAAGUGUUCUUAGGUACAAAGAGAAACGUCAAAACAGAUUGUUCUCUAAGAAGAUAAGAUACCAAGUUCGGAAAUUAAACGCUGAUAAAAGACCAAGAAUCAAGGGUCGCUUUGUGAAGAGACACUGAGGUCACUCCAGAAAAAUAUCUCAAAAAUAUCUUCUAAAAUAUCUAAGGCCACUUCUCUACAUGUAUUUUUUUUUUAUUAAUUGUAAUUCUAAUAUUGUUGUAUUUAUCCAUUCAUAUUAUCUUUCUCUUCCUAAAGAAUUGGAAGAGAAUGAAUUCUACUAACGACAUUUAUGACUACUCCAAAUUUAUGAAUUUAAUUAUUUCUGAUUUUUAAAUGAGCAAAUUUCUAA